CCACAAAACCUCCUCGAAUACAACAAUUCCCAAUCCCUAAUUCCCGUCUCGUUUCUCAUCGCUGAAGCUCCGAGCCUCCGACCAUGGCUGGCAUGAACGACGGCCACAUGCCCGGCAUGAACGGGACGACGACGUCGCCGCCGCCCCACCGCCACAAAAUGAUGAAGCAUAUGACCUUCUUCUGGGGCACGCACUCCGAGAUCCUCUUCUCCGGCUGGCCGGGCACCCGGACCGGCAUGUAUGCCCUCGCCCUCAUCUUCGUCUUCGCCCUCUGCGUCCUCGUCGAGUGGCUCUCCCACUACCGCCUCCCCGCCAAGCCCGGUGUCGCCGCCGGCAUCCUCCGGUCGCUGCUGCACGCGCUGCGCAUGGGGCUCGCGUACCUGGUGAUGCUGGCGCUCAUGUCCUUCAACGGCGGCGUGUUCCUCGCGGCUGUGGCCGGGCACGCGGUGGGGUUCCUGGCGUUCGGGAAGCCGGAGGAGGCGCACGCGGGGAAGGCCAUGGCGUAUCUACCUUUGAUCAGCUGCUGAUUCGUGACGGGAGUGAGGUUU